GUGCUCGUUCGCCAUGGAAGACAACGCUAUCGAGAACGAGGCACCGUCUUCGCAGUCCACAAACAAAGACCCCUCACGUCAUGCUGAAGAAAACGUGCCCGGUAUUCAGAGCCAGUGCUCACAGAGUGGAGCGCAAAGCCCUGGAGGUCAUGCUAAGGAAAGCAAACGAGAUAUCCCCAGGGCGAGGUCAAUGUCCUUGCCGCCGGUGGCCAAAUCGCAAAUCGUCCCGUCCCUGUCCUCGCACCGGCGAGGUUCCGAGCCACUAGCCGUCAUCGGAUCACCGACAGAUACCCGGGAAGCAGCCGCGACUGUGAAAUCUUCAAAAAGAGAAGGCUUUUCGAGCGAACCUUCCGGGAAGGACGACGAAGAGCCGCACCAGAACAAGCCGGCGAGCCGAUCCGUGGCGACGACCUGCCUGCUGGGCGUCCUAUACGUCGUUGCAGUGGCGGCAGUGGCGGCAGCGCUCUGGUGGCACCACGGCACGUCGGAAGCGAAGGCGCUGGUGAACGCCAGCAUCUCUCACACUCCGCGGGCCACUCGGUUGGAAACGACCGCCGCUGCUGCAGCUGCGGCUGCCUGCAGAGGUUCUGCGUGCGCCAGAGCAGCGGCUCUGCUGCAAGCUGCGGUCGACCAGCGCGCGUCUCCCUGCAAUAGCUUUUACAGGUAUUCUUGCGGAACCUGGCUGGACGCGAACUCCCGGCCGCUGGGAGAAGUAUUCCGGGAGGCGUUCGUGGCGCAAGUCGCCGAGCGAGCCCUGGCGACACGGGUGCCGACCGAGGGUCAGAACGCUAGGCAGAAGGCGGCCCGCUUCUUCGGCGCUUGUUACAACACCGUGACGUCAAGCUUGGGUCACCUGACCAGCGCGAAGCGGCUGCUAGCAGAAGGCGGCGUCACUUGGCCCAGACGCAACGGGUCCUCUUCUAAUGCCUUGGACGCCAUGCUUUACAUGUCGACGGCGAUCAGACUGCCCGUGCUGCUGGAGUUCGUGUUCGCGAGUGCGAGCGAGAAGGCGACCAUCCGACCGACGAAGAAGCUCCUGGAAGAAAUCGCGGCUCGCCGUCGACGCAUGAAUCGGAACCAUGCCGUGCGUUACUUUAACGCUGUAUACAAAGGUUUCUCUAGCGACAACCGUCCGGUCUCGGCCGAUAAGUAUCGUGAUCUAUACGCGCAAGAAGUGGCUGUUUUCGAGCUUUUAAGGUUGGCGAUUUCCAGCGGCAACCGGAAGAAUAAUGCUUCGAUAUUAACGAACGCAGCAAUGAUUAACCAUCGCACUCCGUCGUUGUCAGCCGAGGAUUGGGGCGCCGUUCUUCGCAAGUACUGGAAUAUCUCCGACCGCUCGAAGGUGGACGUCGUCGUGGAAAAUCCGCGGUAUUUCGACGCCGUCUUCUCGCGGCACAAGAGCGUCGGUGGAGAAAAGUUCAUGGAAUUUUACAGCUGGCUUUGCGUGCAGGCUGUCGUGCCGUUCACCAACAAGCGCAUCGUGUCGCUGUACUACGCGACCCGCGACUCCCGGUCCGCGCACCGACACUAUUGCCUCGCUGAAACAAGGCGCUUCUUUCCAAACGUGCUCGAAGGGAAUCUCCUGGAGGAAAUGAUGGGCGGCAAGUACGGAAUGGAAGACCUGCGAAAAGUCACGAGAGGCAUCGUUCGCGCUAUGGGCACCGCCAAGUCGGGACGUCCGUUCAACCGCGGCAGCUGCUCCGACGCCGUCCACGCCUUGCGCGAGUCGGCGUUGCUCAAGUUCGCGCUCCUAAACCCGGCAGGCUUCGACGCUCUGCCGGACAUGACCGAAAACCCGUUAAUCAACUGGUCGCUCACGAAGAGCGCCGUUACUUAUCUGCCUUCGAAGGGAAAAGAAACUCCGGCGUCAUCCGCACGCAGGCGGUCUCUCCUCUCCGGCGCAGUGUUCGACGACCUGGACCCGUGGUUCUAUUCGUCGGGUCUUCCAGCGGGCGCCAAGUACGGCGGACUCGGACUGCGAGUGGCGACCGGCCUCGUCGAGGGGUUCCUCGGGAGGAGGUCCGGUUGCCGGCGACUUCUCGCGAAGGCGUCGAGGCGCUUGAAGACGUGCGCUCGGCGGCGCGUGACGGCGCCGUCGGUUUUGAACGUCACGACCCGAACAGUCGUGAUGACCUCGUCCGUGCUGUGGUCGGCGUACAAGGGCGGCGAGGGAGGAGCGUCCGGGGCGAGGUUCGUCCAGCUCACGGACGACGAGCUCUUCUUCGUCGUGCAGUGCCUGCCUCUCUGCGGCAAGCCUCGGGGAGAGGUCGACUGCGAGUGGCCGCUCGCGCACAGCGCCCACUUCUCUCGCGUGUUCGGCUGCUCCUCCGGCGACCGAAUGAACCUCGCCGGCAAGUGCGCACUGUGGCACUGACGGGGAAGGGCAUCGCGGCCGCAUCAUGCAGCGGGAAGAGCGCGGGACAUUGUUGCGUGCAUGAGAACGACCCGAGACGGCGAUACGUAUUGGUAAAUGAGUUGUAAGCGACAUAGUUGACUGCCGUAUAGGCCACUUUGAGAUUAGUAAAAUGUGACCAAACAAUCGAAAGCCGCCCUUUUGAUGGCCUUCAUUCCUUUUUGUGCGGAAGUCUCUUUGAUGGUGCUGACGCCGUCUGUCUCAUAUUUAAUUGCAAUUUAGGUAAAUGGAUAGAAGGGCUGCAUAGAAAACAUAGAUGUUCCUUGCACACUGUUGCUCGAUUUGGAGAAUAGUUGAGCAAGGCAUUGGUUGCUCACGUUAUUACAGGUAUUCGAGUAAACCAUGGUUAUGCGGUGACCGGUAGUACGGCAGUAUAAUUUAGCGAUUAUUUCAGGCCUCACUGUUUGUUAUUACUCCGUUCAGUUCUUUUUUUAUCUCAUUGGGCGCGUGGUUACACAACCGGGAUGUUGCAUCAAUUGUUCACCGCAGUUGUGUACAUGGUCUGUAAUUUUCAUAUGCAUAAUAUAGACGUUUAUUAUUAUUCCUG